AUGUCAUAUUCAUUGUCCGAAAAACAUAAGAACUUAGUCCAAGCUCACUUAAGUGAAACUGAUCCUGAAUUGGAAUCUAUUAUUAAGGAUGAAAUUGAUAGACAAAGACACUUCAUUGAUUUAAUUGCCUCUGAAAACUUCACAUCCACAUCAGUAUUCGAUGCCUUAGGAACCCCAUUGUGUAACAAGUACUCAGAAGGCUAUCCAGGUGCUCGUUAUUACGGUGGUAAUCAACACAUCGAUCGUAUUGAAUUACUUUGCCAAAAGAGAGCACUGGAGGCUUUCCAUGUCACCGAAGAUAGAUGGGGUGUUAAUGUUCAGACCUUAAGUGGUUCUCCAGCUAAUUUAGAAGUCUAUCAAGCUUUAAUGAAACCACAUGAAAGGUUAAUGGGUCUAUACUUGCCAGAUGGUGGUCAUCUAUCUCAUGGCUACGCAACAGAAAAUAGAUCCAUAUCUGCAGUUUCUACUUAUUUUGAAUCUUUUCCAUAUAGAGUUGACCAAGAAACAGGUAUUAUUGAUUAUGACACUUUAGAAAAGAAUGCCAUUCUAUACAGACCUAAAGUUUUAAUUGCUGGUACUUCUGCUUAUUGUCGUUUAAUUGACUACAAAAGAAUGAAAGAAAUAGCUGACAAGUGUGGUGCUUACUUAAUGGUUGAUAUGGCACACAUUUCAGGUCUUGUUGCUGCUGGUGUCAUCCCAUCUCCAUUUGAAUAUGCUGAUAUCGUUACCACCACCACCCACAAAUCAUUAAGAGGCCCUCGCGGUGCAAUGAUAUUCUUCAGAAGAGGUGUUAGAAACAUCAACCCAAAAACCGGUAAAGAAGUAAUUUACGAUUUAGAGAAUCCAAUUAACUUUUCUGUUUUCCCAGGUCAUCAAGGUGGUCCACAUAAUCAUACUAUCGCUGCUUUGGCCACUGCUUUAAAACAAGCCGCUACACCUGAAUUUAAGGAAUAUCAAAUACAGGUCUUAAAGAAUGCCAAAAUUUUAGAAGAAGAAUUUAAGGCUGCCGGGUAUAGAUUAGUUGCAGAUGGUACUGAUUCACAUAUGGUUUUGGUAUCUUUAAGAGAACAGCAUGUUGAUGGUGCUAGAGUUGAAUAUGUUUGUGAAAGAAUUAACAUUGCUCUAAAUAAAAAUUCUAUUCCUGGUGAUAAAUCGGCUCUAGUCCCAGGUGGUAUUCGUAUUGGUUCCCCAGCUAUGACGACGAGAGGUAUGGGUGAAGAUGACUUUAAAAGGAUUGUACAAUAUAUCAAUAGGGCAGUAACCUUGGCUAAGAAUGUGCAAGAACAGUUGCCAAAAGAUGCCAAUAGAUUGAAGGACUUCAAAGCUGCAAUUGAUGCGAAAACUUCUGAAUUAGCUGGAUUAAAAAAUGAAAUUCAUUCCUGGGUGGGUGAAUAUCCUUUGCCAAUUUAG